AUGCCGGCGCUACCCGCAAUAGCACACCCAGGCGACGAUGUCAUACCAGACGCCGUCAUGGUCUACUCCCAAGGACGUGUCAUUGACGCACCACCAUCCGACGUCUGGCCCUGGGUCAUGCAAGUUGGCAAGGGUCGUGGCGGCUGGUACACUCCAGCAUCGUUUGAGGCGUUUAUGCCUAAGAGCUGGCACGCAACACGUACCAUCAACCCUGCGUGGCAGAAUCUGCAGCCAGAAGACCGAGUGGAUGACUACGGCUUCAGCGCAGACGACUACUUCAUUGUCUCUGAAGUACAGCCGGAGGAGUUCCUCGUCUACAAGAGCGACAGAUACGGCGCGUCCUUUUCAUGGGCGCUUAUCCUCCAUGAGAUGACGGAGGGUGGUAGAGUCAAGACUCUCCUCCAUCUCCGCUUUCGUGGCAAGAUAGCAGUAACAGGCUUGAAGAAGCGGCUACUGGUCACUGGCGGUGGGAUUAUGGACCAUAUAACCACUGCGCCAAUGCUGGCCGGCCUCAAAGAACGAGCAGAACACAGCAAGGCGCGUUAA